GGAUGAUCUGCUGAUCAGCUUCAAUGCUCAAAUUAAGCUUUGGCAUCAGCAGAUUGUGGACACAACUCUCAUAUGGGACUAUGAGAACUACAAGGCUAUCCUACCCAUCAUCAAGGAUGGCAACCCGGCCAUGGGAGCAGGCAUCAAUGAUGAGAUACCAAAAGAUAAACACUGGAUGCCAUUUGUCAUAAAGGACAGACUCCACUAUGUGUAUACAUUAGACCCUUUGAGGAUCCUUGAAUGUAAUGUUGGGGCAAACAUGAGCUGUUGGUUUAUUCACAGGGCAGAUAAAACACCCCAUGGGGACGUCCUAUGGCAAGAUUGGGAUUACUUCCUUCGUGGCGGGACACCACUGAGUGAAUACCAGUGGCCUUAUUAUAUAGGAUUUGCUCAUACAGCUUUAUAUAGAGUAGAUAACUCAAGACGCUACUUCACUACCAAUUUGUUUGUUUUGUGUGUUGAGCCUCAAUACCGACUGGUCUACAUCAGUGGCAAAAUAGAGGUCAGUGGCCAGCUUCUGAAUCGCUUCCGCAUCAUCCGACCAUUCGUCACAUCAGAUCCCUUUAUUUUUGCCAUCAGUUUAAUCCUUGAAGAUGAUGAUACAGCUGCCUUGGGUGUCCACAUCAAUGAUAAAACUGGGGCAAUAUUGAGGAUGAAAGGCCUAAAGAACUUACUAGAAGAUGUUAUGUUAGUUGAUAAAAGAGAAGGGACAAAAGAGGGACCUCCACCAGGAGAAGUUCAGUCAUUUGCAAUUGGUUCAAUCGAAGCUCAAACUGGAGUGAUGUUCCAAAGAAAAACACCAAAAAUAACAAGAAAAUUUAUUGGAUAGCAAGUUAUAUUUCAAAACCCAAGCUUUACUGGUAAUUAGUAAAUAUGGAUUGAAUGUCUUGAACAAUUUGUGAAUUUACAGUACACACUGGAUACCUUCCUAUUCAUAUAACUUUUCUUGUUAUUAAAUUAAUACAAAGAACCUUAAUAGCCACUUAAUCAGUUACAUGUAGGUAUAAAUUUCAAACUGUUCUCAAUAUGAUACCACAAUUAUCACAGGGAUUUAUGCAUUCGCCUUAUGAUUAAUUAACUUCUCAUGAAAGAAAUGUCAUGGCAGUCAUGAUUUAAUAUAGCAAAAAUGUAAAAAGAAGUAGAAUAAGAGGGGAAUAAAGUAAAUAGGCAUGUAGUAAGCAUUCUAAAUUGCAUAGUAUGCUAGAAAAUGAAGCAGUUCAUUAAGGUUUUAGAGAUGCAUGGAU